AUGUCGUCGCCGACGGGCGCGCCGGCGCCGACCACGCCGCCGGCCCCGCCGGCCAACGCGACCACCCCGCCGCCGCCGACCCCGUCCGCGCCGCCGCCGUCCGCCCCGGCGGCGCCCACCCCGCCCACGCCCGCCGCGCCGUCCCCGCCGGCUCCCUCCGCGCCGCCGCCCUCCUCCCCCUCCGUCCCGGCUCCCGCGACCCCCGCCGCGUCCCCGCCCGCGCCGUCCUCCUCCACCCCGGCGACGCCCUCCGCGCCGUCGCCCUCCUCCCCCGGUGGGGGGACGCCUGCCGCGCCGUCCCCGCCCUCCGACACGCCCUCGCCGCCGUCCUCCGGGGGAGGGGGCGGCAAGUCCCCGUCCACGCCGUCGUCCGGCAGGUCGCCGUCCACGCCAAGCCACUCCCCGCCCAAGUCGCACUCGGGGGGAGGCGGCGGCGGCGGCGGAAACGGGCCGUCCACGUCGCUCGUGGUGGGCGUGGCCGUCGGGGGGUUCGUGCUCCUGCUGCUCGCCAGCUUCAUCUGCCUCUGCUGCCUCCGCAAGAAGCGCCGCCGCGCGCCGCCUCCGCCGCACUACGGGUACCCUCCUCCGCCUCCGCCGCCGUACAAGGAGGAUCCAUACGGUGGAACAUACCAAAAUUGGCAGCAGCAAAAUGCACCUCCUCCACCACCUGAACAUGUUGUCAAGAUGCACCCUUCACCCCCGCCAGCAUAUGCCAACCGUCCUCCACAGCCACCUCCACCUCCUCCACCAGCAAUGUUAAACAGUAGUGGUGGGUCUGGUUCUAAUUACUCUGGUGGCGAGAUCCUACCUCCACCAUCCCCUGGCGCUGCCCUUGGCUUCUCUAAGAGCACAUUCACGUAUGAAGAGUUGGUGAGGGCAACUGAUGGAUUCUCUGAUGCUAAUCUCCUUGGACAAGGUGGUUUUGGGUAUGUCCACAGAGGAUUGCUGCCUAAUGGAAAAGAGAUUGCUGUAAAGCAGUUGAAGCUUGGAAGUGGCCAGGGGGAGCGUGAGUUCCAGGCUGAGGUUGAGAUUAUCAGUCGAGUACAUCACAAACAUCUCGUGUCUUUGGUUGGUUAUUGCAUUUCUGGAGGCAAGAGGUUGCUUGUUUAUGAGUUUGUUCCCAACAACACAUUGGAAUUCCACUUACAUGGGAAAGAUCGACCGACAAUGGAGUGGCCCACUAGAUUAAAAAUUGCUUUGGGUGCUGCCAAGGGUUUAGCGUACCUUCAUGAAGACUGCCAUCCGAAGAUCAUCCACCGUGAUAUAAAGGCAUCAAACAUUCUUCUUGACUUCAAAUUUGAAGCUAAGGUUGCGGAUUUUGGACUUGCAAAAUUCACUACUGAUAACAACACCCAUGUUUCAACAAGAGUAAUGGGCACAUUUGGGUAUUUGGCUCCUGAGUAUGCGUCUUCCGGCAAGCUCACUGAAAAAUCAGAUGUAUUUUCUUUCGGAGUUAUGCUUCUUGAGCUAAUAACUGGGCGGCGACCAGUUGACUCGACCCAAACAUAUAUGGAUGACAGCUUGGUUGACUGGGCAAGGCCUUUACUGAUGCGAGCACUAGAGGAUGGUGAAUAUGAUUCUUUGGUGGAUCCUCGGCUCGCCAAGGAUUUCAAUCCUAACGAGAUGGCAAGAAUGAUAGCCUGUGCUGCUGCAUGUGUACGCCAUUCUGCACGUCGUCGUCCACGCAUGAGCCAGGUUGUUCGAGCUUUGGAAGGUGAUGUGUCAUUGGAGGAUCUCAACGAAGGUGUCCGACCUGGUCACAGCCGCUUCUUCGGGUCGUACAGCAGCUCCGACUACGACUCAGGCCAAUACAACGAAGACAUGAAGAAGUUCAGGAAGAUGGCGUUCAACACCAACAACUACACCAGCAGCCAGUACAGCGCGCCGACCAGCGAGUACGGGCAGAUACCAUCUGCGUCAAGCAGCGAGGGCCACCAGACCCAGGAGAUGGAGUCGGGCGCGAUGAAGAAAAGCGCCUACAGUGGCUACAGCUCAGGAUACAGCGGAGCCUCGUGAGGGAAUUCCUUUUCUCCUUUUUUUUUUCUUUUUUCCUUAUGACGUCUGUUGCAAUUUGUAAAGUCUGGCCGAGUUAUAUGACCAAAGUCGCUGACUUGCGUGUGGUGUACCCGAGUAUAGCUUUUGGUAGCUGGAAUCGUUGAUUCUUUGAUAAGUAUGUUCUUGAUGUGCCCGCCAACGUUUGCUGUGCAAUUCAAAGAGAGCUAAUUGACUGUUGAUAUA